AGUUGGAGGGUUUUAUGAGAGAUUAAAACAAAUAAUUAUGCAGUAAGUCCUACAAGCAAACAGUUUACAUUGGACAAAAUAUAGAUUUCUCAGUAUUUCUUUUUUCUUUUUUUACAAGCAGACAGGAAAUGACUCCUCAGUGUGGUCAUAGAGGUUUAGUUAAUGUUCAGCUUCUUAAAGCGUUAGUACAUAGUGGAGCGCUCCACACACCAGAAACUUUGACUCUAGAUGUAACACACACCAGUAGAAGCAUUGGGAUACGAAAGAUGGAAAGAGAAGGUGCAGUGGAGACAAUCACUGAUGUCAACAGAGAUGCUAGAUUCCGUCAUAAUGUCAGGACAGAAACAGAGAACACCGACACCAAGAGACACCAAACACUUCAACACGCAGGAAGUGGUUGUGUGAAGGUCAGAAGCUCUAGAUCAGCUGUUGUGUGUUUGGUUCUGCUGUGUGUUCUUCUGCUGACUGCAGUCAUUGUGCUGGGUGUCAAUCUCCAUGAUAUGAUUGAGGAGUUUUACAUCAAGAACAAAAACAUCACAGAUGAAAUAGAGGAGUUAAAGAAAAGAAAAUCCAACUUGGCCAGUGAUGUUACAAAUUUAUCAGAUAAGAAUGAAACACUAUUUGCAAAAAAUGAAACAUUACAUAAGGAGAUGAAAGAAUUGUGGCUGAAGAUAAGCAAAAUGGAUGGAUGGAAGUGCAAUCAAUCCAGUCUCUACUAUGUUUCCUCAGAGAUGAAAAACUGGAGAGAGAGCAGAAGAGACUGUAAAGAGAGAGGAUCAGAUCUGAUCAUCAUAAACAACAAAGAGGAACAAGACUUUGUGAAAACGGAUCUUGCUGGUUCUGAAUUCUGGAUCGGUCUGACUGAGGUGGAGAGCACGUGGAAAUGGGUUGAUGACAGCUUACCGAUCACUGAGUUAUGGGCUUCUGGAAAACCUAGUGAUAGCUCUGGUAAUAAGGAUUGUGCUGUAAAUCUGUCAUCAGGGUUUGCUGAAUAUUCAUGUGAUCAAAAAUUUAAAUGGAUCUGUGAGAAGAACAUUUGAAAGAAAUAAUUACACUGCUAAUAAAGGGUUGUAAAAACAUGAUGGGUCUCAUUUCACUUAUUCUUCUUAACUACAUGUUUUCAUGUAAUAAAAC